UUGAUUUCUACCUUAGGUGUGAAUUCUCUGGUAUGAGUGAACAUUUCUCAUGAGUAAGGAGAAAUUUCUUCAUAUGCAGUUCCCUUGAGCACCAUGAAUGUGGGAGGGAUUACACUUUUGAGGGAAGGGCGUCGUGUGAUUUUUCCCUUUGGUGAGGGAACUUUGUUGGUGCAUAGGCACAAUAGACGUAUCCCACUACGCAUUGAGCUGGAUUCUGAGGAGGAAGCAACCAAUGUCUCCUCAUCAACCAUUGACCUCAUGCAAGAUCAUGCUGAGGCUGAGGAGCCCUUUCCAGAUGAAUACAAAGUGAUUGAAUCCUCUCAUCCCAUCCAGGUGCUCACUGGACUGAAUGAUCUCCGUAAGACAAACCACUUCUGUGAUGUUUCCCUGAAUGUUGAGGGGCGAUUCUUCCCUGCUCAUAAAGUUAUACUUUCCUCCUUUAGUCCUUAUUUCAAGGCCAUGUUCACUGGAAGCAUGUGUGAGGCCAUGGAGUCCCAGGUCCCCUUGAAUGGGAUUGAAGCACCUGUGAUGGAACUUCUUUUAAAUUAUGCAUACACUAGUGAGAUUACUAUCACUAAGAGCAAUGUCCUGAGCCUGCUCUCAGCAGCCAACCUUCUUGAGAUCCUUCCUGUAAGGGAUGCCUGUUGCCAGUUCCUUCACAAGCACAUGGAUGCCAACAACUGUGUUGGAAUCCAUUGCUUUGCUGAAACCCAUGCUUGCACAUUUCUGCAGAAAGAGGCGAAAGACUACACUCUGGAACAUUUCAAGGAGGUGGUGCAGCAUGAUGAGUUUGCAACCCUCAGCACAAGCAAGCUGAUUGAAUUCAUCAGUAGUGAUGACCUGGCUGUAUCUGAUGAGAAAUGUGUCUUCCAGGCUGUCCUCAAGUGGCUGGAACAUCAUAGAGACUCACGGAAAGAUCAAUUUGGCAAGGUGCUUGAACAUGUUCGCUUGCCACUUCUCAAUCCCUAUUUCCUUCAUGAUUGUGUGGAGAGCCUGGAUGUCAUCCAGCAGUCAUCUGAGUGUCAGCAGCUAGUUGAAGAGGCCAAGCUUUAUCAUCUCUUGCCUGACCGACGCCAUGAGUUGGCAACAGCACGCACCAAACCUAGGCUCAGUUCAGGCAUUGUGGAUGUCAUUGUGGCAGUGGGAGGUGAAGAUGACAAAGUUGUGUUGCGCAAGCAUGGAAUGGUUGUGUCUGGAAGCAACAUUUUGUAUCUGGCUGGAGGUGAGUCUCCUGAUGGACGGGCAUCAGCUGGAAUGUGGAAGUAUGACCCCGUAUUUGAUGGGUGGAUGCAACUGGCUGAUAUGAAUGUCCCCCGCUCAGAACUCGGCCUUGUCAUGGUAGAUGGAAUGGUGUAUGCAGUUGGGGGUUGGGAAGGGUCCACACGGCUUGAAACUGCUGAGUGUUAUGACCCAGCCACCAACACUUGGUCCUUCAUUGCACCGAUGAAGUUGGCUGUCACCUCUCCUGCUGUAGUCUCUCACAAUGGCUACCUCUAUGUUGCUGGAGGAGCAGUGUUGGAAGAUGGGGAUGGGAUUGACAAGGUGCAACGGUAUGAUCCCAAGACUAACACCUGGACAGAGCUGGCCCAGAUGCUUAUCCCACGUAGUGGAGCUGUGGCCUGUGUCCUUCAGCAGAAGAUAUAUGUAAUUGGAGGCUGGCAUGCAUCCACUGAGAAUACAAACAAGGUAGAAUGCUAUGACAUCAAGAGCAACCGGUGGGAGUUCAGAGCUCCCAUGAUAGAACAUCGUUACCGACCUGGUGUGGCUGUGCUAAAUGACAAAGUGUAUGUGCUGGGUGGAGAGGAAGGGUGGGACAGUUACCACGACACCAUAGAGUGCUACGAUCCUGUCAGCAACACCUGGGGGAUGGUGUCAGACAUGCCGAGUUCCCGUUCUUGGCUGAGCUGUGCGGCCCUCAAGGUGAAAAGGGAAGUUCUCAUGGGCCGAAAAUCCUGACGCCAACCCCCCCAGAUGCGGCCUCCUGUCAUCUUCUGGCCCAAAUACUCAUCUGAAUCUCAAGAAGCAUUCCUCUUUGCUCUCAAUGAUCUUCAUUGGCUCUAAUGGGAAGUUGCCUCACUUAGUUCAACAUUCACCCUCAUUUUCCUCUUGCUUUUAGCUUUGAUCUCUGUGAUAAAAUCAGUUGUGAAUUCUUGGAGAUGUGUAUUACACUAAUAAAAUCAAAUGUAUUUGACAUCUUCAAA